GCAGGCGGCUACAAGAACAACCGACUAUCGUCGGCCGAAGCCAGAGUUGGCGGUGCAACGGUUCGCACCUGUUUCGAAACAGCAAAACCACCUGCGACCACUGAGCGGGUCACAUUUCGAGUGUUUUCUCGUUAUUUUUUUUCGGAAAAAAAAGUUUUUCGAAAAUUUCCAUCAGAACUACACAGUUACGAGUAUUCGAUCAGUCUCUGGGGGAAAAAAAUGCGUUUCUCGUCAACCGCAACGUUCACGUUCAGCCUGAUGCUCUGCCUGGCACGUUCCGAAGAUCACCACAAGAGGGCGCCGUCCGGCUUCACCGGCGUCAGGGGUAAGAAGUCGAUAGUGGAGGACCCCAAGGGAGCGAUCUUCUUCGAAGACGAAUCCGACGAUGAGGACGGUGGAGGCAGAGGAGAGGGCCAACAGGUUGCUAUUCCAGAGGUGCCCUACCAGUUCGCUGACAGACCGGAUGGUGACGUCAGUAAAAGGGCGCCAUCUAUGGGGUUCGUCGGUAUGCGGGGAAAGAAGCCUUGGGCUAUGGAUCCCAGAUUUUACGAGGAGGAUAGGAUGCCCAAGAGAGCUCCCAAUGGGUUUUUCGGGAUGAGGGGGAAGAAAGACGACGAUGCAGAUCUGAGCUACGACAUGGAGAAACGAGUGCAUUCCGGCUUCUUCGGCAUGCGAGGAAAGAAGGACGAAGACCCGUCAGAACCUUAUUCCUUCUACAUGUCGGAGAAAAGGGCGCCUUCCAUGGGCUUCGUAGGGAUGCGUGGUAGGAAGAGCUACGACGACACAGCGGACGAAUUCGAGAAGAGAGCGCCUUCCGGUUUUUUCGGAAUGAGGGGGAAGAAACAGUGGGGCCAAUUCGCACUGAGGGGAAAAAAGAUCCCCUACCAAUUCAGGGGAAAGUUCGUGGGAGUGAGAGGAAAGAAGACUAUGUCGAACAACGGAAACUUUGAGACUGAACCGAACUACAAUUCGGACAUGAACACAUUGCUGAUGCAACUUUUGGAAGACGAGGAUCUGCACUAAGGAAGUGCGGCCAGUUUCAAAGUCUGACGUAAUUAAGGUACUUCAAGAAACAGCCAAUUGAUUUAUCUAGUCCGAUCAUCAUAGUAUUGAUUUAAACUUACAAAGACAACCCUAAUUUCGUCCUCGGACUCUUGAAUACUAUUGUACAUAUAUUAAGCAGAGAAAUGAGAAGAAAGAGUGUAUUUUCAUAGCGUAAGACGAUUCUUCUAUCGUCCCUACGAUUUUUCCAAAGAUUUAGGCUGGAUUUGGAAAAAUACCGACGACCGGAUGAUGGAAGAAUGGAUCGCCAAUUGAAUAUCUUGAAAACACACAUAUCAAUGUGAACUUCUUGAAAAUGACUAUAUUUACCGUUGAAACGUUUAUUCUUGUUCAUACUUUUACUGGAUGUUCUUUCAAUUACUGCAUUGUGAAAAAAAAAAUUAUUUCGAAGAAUAAAUUAAUGUGAUUUGAA